AUGGCCGCAAGGACGAGUCGCAGGCCGGCCCACGACGCCGACAAGCCGGUCAGAGACACCGACCUCGACGCGGCGCUGGCCCGGUUCUCGGCCGUCUCGAAGAACUACCUGCACGAGUUGAGUCUCUCGGCCCCUCCUCCCUUCGCCCGGCCAGAGACUGACGGGGCGGUCCCCAGCGACUAUGCGGCCUUGUUCGUGCCCGCAAGCCUCUCGAGCCGCGAGCGGGCCCGGCCGCCUUGGGUGAACAUCGGCACCCACCAGCGCACAUACAUCAUCGACGAGCUGGUCGAGCGCUUCCUCCUCGGAACCGCCACCGAAGGGCCGCAAGUGGUCUCGCUGGGCGCAGGCAGCGACAGCCGCUUCUGGCGCCUCCGCUCCCGGCUCGCCGCCCGCUGGCCGCCCCUGGCCCGCUGGGUCGAGACCGACCUCGAGCCGACCGUGCGCCAGAAGAUCCGGACGAUCGCCGCACACGACUCGCUCCGGGGCCUGUGUGGCCGCUGCUCGCCUGAUCCUUCCGCACCAACAACGCCUCCGCCCGACGGCCGGCCUGAUGGCGCGCCGACGGAGCUCCACGGCGCCCAUUACACGCUGCUCGCGGCCGACCUGCGUCGGCCAGCGGAGCUCGUCGCGAAGCUCAGUGCGUCUGCUCCGACCGCCGACGCCGCCCCGGUCCUGCGCGCCUCCGCCCCCACCCUCAUCCUCGCCGAGCUCGUCUUCCUCUACCUGUCCCCCGCCCACACCGCCGCCUGUCUCGAAGCACUCACCCGCUUCUUCGCCGGCCCGCUCAUGAUCGUCUGCUUCGAGGCGCUCAACCUCGACGACAGCUUCAGCAGGAUCAUGGGACGGGGACUGAGUCUGGCGGGCUUCGACUACAACUGCUCGGUCGACUCCCAGAUCGCCCGCUUCCGCGCCCACGGCUUCACCGAGAUCGUGAGCACAGACAUGAAAGCCUUGCGUCUCGAAUCCGCCGGCCCAGCAGCGGCCGACGGGCAGGAGCAGGACCAAUGGAGCACCCGCUGGAGCGCCGAACUCGCAAGGAUCAGACGGCUCGAGUUCCUCGACGAGGUCGAGGAGCUCGAGCUCAUCCUCCUCCACUACUCCCUCUCCUGGGCACGCAGAAACUUCAGCUCUCCCAAUCGCGAGACCGUCGGCUUCUAUCUGCCCCAGUUCUAG